ACACACUGUUCCUUUAAUAAUCCGUUUUCGAAGACAUUUAAUUUACUCUAAAUGUUCUCAACUUUCGAAUAUCAGUAGAUUCAAUAAAUAAAGAAUCCAUGCAGAGGAAUAAUUUUAUUUUCACUUUCUUGACAUGCCAUCCCAUGUACUAACAGGUUCGUCCUGUUCAGUGCUGACCAUAGUAUAAAAACAUCACCUAGUAGAAAUCCCCAGUUGUUCCUGUAAGUGUGUCUAGAGCACCAGUUAAGUCAUUUGACGAAGCGUUCAGGGACAGGAAGCUUUUUCACCUGCAAUGGCAGCCCCGUCUACAGGCCGCCCGGUGACAGUAACUGUGGGGGCCAUAUUGAGGCUUCAAUUGAAACCACCACCACCCAGACCCCCAAGGCUAUCAGUUGCAUUCACAGUAGUAAGGGCUGUCCAACUUCUGGCACAAGUCAUCUUUGGUGUUGUGUAUUUCAAGGACUGCCCUCAGCAACCCAACAUUCCCAACUAUCUGUUAGGGAUGGCUUUCGUAAGGCUGCUGAUGGUACCGUUUGUGACCCUCCCCUGUGAGAGCGAUGCAGCUCAGCCACAGGAGCACCCCAGAGGCUUCAAAGCCUGUCUGCUGUGUUUAAUAAGCCUGUUUUUCUUCACAUGGAUCCUGGCAGGUGACGUGUGGGUCUUCUCAGUCUACCAGCCCAACUAUGAUCCUGAAGCUGCUGAUGGUCUGUACUGUAAUAAGACCCUGUACACAUUUGCUUUCUGGAACGCAGUGUGGGAGACCUUUGUGGUUUGCGUCUUCCUGUCCAGACUCUGCAAAGGACUGCUGUGUUAUGUGAUGAUGAGUCCUGCACCAACAGACAGAGACUUUUAUGGGAAUGUAUGAGGCAUGGAUGGAUUUAUAUAAUUAUCUGUGUGCGUAAAUACACCAAAUAUUAUUGCAUUGUGCACUCUGAAUGGGGCUUUAAAGGGAUUUUAUCACAAUUUGGGCAGUGGGAGAAAUAGUAUGAGAGAGUGUCACUCACUCACUUCUCUUCAUCCCCUAUGGGACAUAAGGCUUCAAUGAGCUCUCUCCAUUGCAUCUAUCUGUCCUUGGCAGCAUGUUGGGCCUCUCCCCAUGAUAGGUUCGUCUUGUCCAGCUCACUUGACGUCUGGAGCCACUUCAGUGACUUUCACUUAUCCCCAGGAUGUCCAGGUGAUACGUACUUGUACUCGUAAAUUCGUGAGCCUGGUUUGAUAGCUCAGGGCUUCUGCCCUUUUCUAAUCAUAGGAAAUCGUUGGAGGGAGGAGAGAGGAGAUGGAGGAGGAGCCCAGUUGGUGUUGAGGCAUCAUGGCCCGGCCAGUUGAGGUUUUAUUUUUUUUUCUUCUUUUUUUCUUUUUCUUCCUUUUCCUCAUAACAAAAUAAAAUAAAAUGAAAUAUGGAUAAAACAAAAUGGAGAGAAAAAUAAAUUAAAGAAAGAAGAAAAAAAAUAAAUAAAAUAAUAAACAAAUAAAUAAAUAAAGAAAGGAAACUUUAAAAAAAAAGCCAACAUAACUGAGCAAGAUCAAUAUCAUGUGAUUGUGUGCUUGAGAGGGUUGGGGUUGGCUGGCUGUCAGUCAGGGUGCAAAUCAAAUUAAGGCAAGAU